AUGUCGACUCCAAAUCCCCCGAUUCUAAAAACAACGGCGAAAUCACCCCGUCCAACCGCGGGGCAAACAAACUCACGCUCCAAUCUCCUAACAAUCGACACCCUAAUCAGCAUCCUCUCCAAAUCUCUCCUAAACCCCUUUAUAGCCUGGAUCCUCGUUCUCUGUCUGCGUGCUCAAGUAACACCAUCAACAGAUCCAGCCUGGAUUCUGACAGUGAGCUAUGCAACUGCCAUAACAGUCCUGUUCGUUGCGCGGACCAUCAACCAGCGCAUUGCGCACGGUGUCCCGCGCACAGUCGACUUCGAGAAUGAGGUCGUUGUUAUUACAGGUGGUGCGAGUGGCCUGGGUCUUUUGAUCGCACAGAUGUAUGGUAUGCGUGGAGCGAGUGUCGCCAUACUGGAUAUCCAAGAUGUUCCGGAGGAUAGCCGGGAUGAGAUCUUUGGGGAGAGUGUUUUAUAUAUCCCGUGUGAUGUUGCUGAAAGGGAGGCAUUGGAGGCUGCGAAGGGGAGGAUUUUACAAAAGUUAGGAACACCGACGAUCAUUAUCAAUUGCGCCGCUGCUAGGAUCAACGGUCUUUCGCUGCUCGAUUUGCCAGCGGCGCAAUUUGAGAAGACCAUCCGCACCAACCUCAUGGCGGCGUUCCAUCUGUACCAAGUCUUCCUUCCUGGGCUCAUAGCAGCAGAGACCGGGGGAACGCUUGUCACAAUCAGUUCGGUGCUGGGUCAGCUCACUGCCGCGGGGCUGUCAGAUUACGCAGCAAGCAAAGCGGGACUCAGCGCGCUGCAUCGGACAAUAGAAGCGGAGACCCGAAUUUAUCCGUCAAUCAAGACAUUGCUAGUGGAAACUGGGCAGAUGUCAACGCCACUGUUCGAUUGGGUGCGUGCGCCGAACAACUUCUUUGCGCCAGUCUUGGAACCUGUCGAAGUUGCGCGGGAGAUGGUGGCAGCGAUUGAUAGCGGUCGAGGCGGCGUGAUCAGAUUGCCUUUUUAUGCAUCACUCGUGAAUUGGUAUGCCGUGCUACCCGCUGCGUUGCAGCGGAUUGCGAGAUAUAUCAGUGGAAUUGAUGCGGCUGUGACUCAAAGUCAAAAAGCAUCUCGGAAGGUGGAUUGA